AUGGAGGAAGCAGACAAAAUCUACACGGGGACUUAUAGCGCCCAAGAUACAGCGAAAGUGAAUUCAUCGUUCGUGAUUAGUAUUGACGAUGGCCCUGGACUCAAAUUGGAGCAGUGGGCAAGCGAUUCGCAGGAUAUAUCCCAGGUUGUUAAGGCGUUGAAUGGGAUUGAGACCCCUGAUAUUCAGUUGUAUCCGACGAGAUUGCAGCAGAAGCAAAAUGGAUGUGUACAUCAAUCUUUCCGAGCUGUGUUUGGCUCUACGAGCUCGGGGGGAUCUCUUGGUCUUGUCACUGGGUCGUCGAUUUCUUGGAAAUUGGUGGAUUCGUACAGGUCUGGAAAUAUUGGUGUUGAUGAGUUUUUGUUUGAGUUGGAUGCUGGAACUGGUGAGGUGGUUAGUGUUUCGCCGAGAGCUCUGAGGCAAACCCUCCAAAAAUCUUGA